AUGGACAUCACGUCGGCUCCAUUAGCCGACUACUUCUGGAUUGCGGGAAUUGAUUCCCUCUCAUACAGCGAUCCAGUCUUCGGCCCACCGAGCACCAAUGGAGGAGGACCUCCCUCGCCCGCGGUCGACGCGACCAUAGAGGAGGGCAGCGAAGGAGAAGCGUCGCCCACGCAGCAAUCUAGCACCGGCAUACGAAACACCGCCCGACACUCACGAAAUAAUUCCGCAAACAAACAAAGUAAGGUGCCGAACGAUGCGCGGAACUCGAUCCACACGCUUGACGAGCUCGACGCGACGGGCAGCAAUCGCAGCAGCAUGACCAUCAAAGGUCCUACUAAUGAUAAUAAUGGAGGGGGAGGCCGUCUCGGUGACUUCGAUUUUGAUACCGCGUUGUUGAAGUUUGCGAAUGAGAGGGAGAACUUCCUAGAUGAUCUGAGUUUCAGGGCUGGGGCUCCGACACAGAGCAGGCCGCCAAUGACGCUGAAUCCGAAGGCUGAUAGGAUCAGGAUUGAAGAUGGGGAUGUAUUGGGGUCGACAGCGAGGAGAAGCCCGCUGAGGAGUGUCGGGGGUAGUGUUCGCCGGAAGAUAAGCUUCAGGGAUAUGAAUAGUAUGAAGAGGCAGCCUUCUGUGAUACAGAGAACAGCCUCCACACGAACCUCAAGACGGCUGAGCAACUACAACUCUGUCAUUCCUCCCCCCGAACCCUUAAACGCAGAUCCUGAUAUGCACCCUUUGAAACGCCGUUUUGAGCCUGUUUUGCUCGAUAGAUAUCCGCCGAAGAGCGCCACAGACGAGACUGCGAGAAGAGGCAGAUUUCCUGACUAUGUGCCAAUGUUUGCAUUCCCCAACGAUAUUAACAUAGUCUCUGCGGACGAACGACCUCGAUCGACAUGGCAUGGAUUCGCUAUGACCUCGGAUGACAACUCGAAGAUCUACGGUAUCACUGUUAUAGUUUGGUUGCCACUGAAUCCGGACGCCGCGGCCAAUGUGGAAAGACGGUGUGAGGAAUGGAGACAGAGCCAUAUGACGAAUGAAGAGAGAGAACUUGCUGCGAGUUUGGGAGAACGGUUGGCAUCGGAGCGAGCAAAUCUGUCACAGUUACUAGCAAAAUUACCGACUGCUGUAUCCGGCUCAGCUGCCAGAGAAGCUUUGGAAGAGCAGAUUAGUGCGGUGGAGGAGAAAAUUACUCUCAUGACUGAUAUGUUGAGACCCGUGCGACAUGGUGCGGCUGCCAAGAUCGAUGGUUUGACUGACAGCGAAACUGGACUCUGGACACCGAGAGCAUAUGGAGUCCUUGGCCGAGAUGGUAGUCUGACGAGCUUCUGGAAGGAAUGGCUAAGGGCUGUCGUUGUCCCCAUGACUGAUGGUGGCAUACUGAGAGUUCCCCCAAGCUCUCCGAAGGUGGGCCGAUGGCAACCCUUGGAACGAUAUGUGGUCAACCUCUGCACCGAGGCUCUGAGCCCAAUAUCCUCUAAGACUCAAGUCGAGAUCGCAGUCAGGGAAUUACGGCUAUUUGCGAGGAAAGAAGCUGCUAAUGAGCUUCCCGAAUCUCGCAACACCGAUCUUUACGCCUUGUUUAGAUCUCUCACCAUUCCAAAUAUCGUGGCGUUGAUAGAAUUUGCUCUUUCGGAAUCGAGGAUCAUAUUAUUGUCUUCGCAUACAGCGAUGUUACACCUGGCAAGCAAAGCUAUUGCAAAUCUGCUAUACCCGCUGAAAUGGGCAAGCAUUUUUAUCCCUGUCCUACCUGCAAGGUUGCUCUCGGCGCUCGAGGCACCUUGCCCAUAUAUUGUUGGCAUCGAAAGAAGAUACGACCGGAUAGAACUGCCAGAUGAUGAUUAUGUUUUAGUGGAUCUGGAUCAGGACAUCAUCGAGGCGACAUCACCUCCCACGAUGCUGCCCCGACAUCAACGGAGGAAGCUAGUCUCACUUCUUCAACUUGCAGCUCCACAUCAUAACAGGUGCGGCGUACCUGUUGGACCGCCUCCGUACGCGAUCGAGACCUUCCCAUAUGAUUCUUUCUCGUCCGAGAAUAACUCAAUCUUCACUCAGCACCCUCCACCGAGUUCACUCGCCAAGUAUGUGAGCCAAAACUCGUCGACUUUUGGUGAACCUGAUACGAAUGCUGCCAAGAGAGCCUCGGUCUUCAAUGCAUUCUUGCAAUCAAAGAAUGAUCAUACUCGAGUCGAGCGACCCUCGACGUCCAAAUCAACAAACAGAGGGUCAACAAACAGAGGGUCAACAAGCAGAGGAUCAACAAGCCAAGGAAGCCCUCCCUCGUCCCUCUCACCGGUGUCAGGCCAUUUCCCCCCUCUCCCCACCACUAUGCCUCGAAACGACUCGGGAUAUGCUCUUGCUGCUACACUAAGAGAGAAGAGAUCGGGCCACUUCGACUCGAAUUCAAGACGAAGUUCGUCUUUUGGUGUUGACCGCAACUCGACUCUUCGAAGACCUAGCGUUCCGUUCGUCAACGGUCACUCCUCGAGCUUGUCUACCUCUGCUCUCUCAGUGGACUCCAAAUCUACUAAUGGCUAUGCACCCUCUACUUAUGCGGCAUCAACACUUGCUGCAUCAACAAUAAUGCCCAAUAUGCUAAUGCAGCCUGUCCGAAAUACAGACACCACGACAUGGGUAGAAGGUCAUUGCUUCGUCUGGCAAGCGAAUGAAAAUUCAAUGGUCUGUUCCAUCUGUGAUGAGAAAUCUGAUGGUGACGGGAUGUACAAAUGUGCGAGCUGCAGCACCGUCUCCCACGCACGCUGCCUGGGCCAUGUAUCCCUAGUCUGUCCCGCAGCUUUCCACCCAGACCGUGUACGAGCCGCAUUCGUCCGCUGUUUUGCUAGUCUCUUCUACACCUACAGAAAGUAUCUCGGUCGACCAACGAAAGAGCAGAAAAAUAGUGGACAAUUAUACGGAUUCGACAUGGACGGAUUCCUGAAGAGUUUGCCUCACGAACAGCAUGAAUAUAUUGCUAUGCUGAAGCAGACACAAGCAUUCAACGUAUUCAUUCACGAACGUGAAACCCUCCCUUCAAACUCUCCACAAAUUCAACUCUUCGACUCCAUAAUCCUCGCGAAGAAAUCGCGCGGCCGCACCUCUUUCUUCUCGUCCAAGUCGUCACGAACCACGAGCUUCUUAGAAGACAGGUCCGACCACCUUUGGAGGAGUGCUGCGGUGCCAAUGCCGAGUGCGAAGUUCCCGGGAGAUUAUAGAUCGGUGGUAUCUCGGAUCCCAGCACGACUAGAUACCAGUUUCAUGAAGGAGCCGCGAACCAUCCAGGGCGUUCCGAGGAUCGAUAUGCCAGGGAAGCGGGUGGGCAGGAAGGCAGUCCCGAGUAUGCUUGGUAAUAGCGGCCAACGAAGCGUAUCCUAA